GGGGGGGGUUGUUUCUUUCGGUGUGGGGGUGUUUUAUUUUUCCUUCCACUAGGUGGGGAUGGAGGUCUCAGGGAAGGGGUUGUACUUACAGCGGUCAGAUUUCAUUUUUUAAAGGAUGAAGAAGAAUAUUAAGAACGGGAGGGUUUCGAUUCACGACAGUGCAUGAUUUUGACUUCAUUAAAAACGCUUCACUUACAAAAAUACGCUUGGAAUGAAUACAAUGGUGUAGGUUGAUACAAGCAUUUAUACGAAGGUGUGAGAAUAUAAUUGCAACAUACUAUAUUGAAUAAAAGAAGGGGGUCUGUCUUAUCCGCAUUCUUGUGUUUGUGUGUCUGUAUUUGCCUAUGCGUGUGUGUCACAGGAAGGCUACUGCUACAUCACCAAUGAAUGUUAUGUUGCUGGAUCGCUCAAACCCUAUGACGCGUGCCUCCAGUGUGCCCCCGAGGUCUCCACGAAAAAAUGGUCUCCCAGACAAGACAACGAAGCCCCUGUGCUGUAUGCCCAGAACUCUGUCCUCGUAUUCAACGGUCAAGAUGCGAGACUGACCAUCACUGCCCGCGACCCCGAAGGAUCAAGAGUCAUCCUGAGCGUCAAUCGUCCGGACGCAUACAUCAGCCAAUCAGGGGAGUUUUUGUGGCGAGCGACUGGCAGCAACGUGGAGAUUGGUGACUUGAGACAGGAAAAGUUUACUAUUACGGCCCGGGAUGUCUGUAAUGCCACCACCGCACUUAGACUGGUUGAGACCGUUGCAACAAAAUGAAAGAUUUCUGCGCCGAACAGCCAUGUUUCCCCAACGUCUCUUGCUCAAGUGAAACAGGCGGGUUCCGCUGUGGGCCCUGUCCUCCAGGAUAUACAGGCAACGGUAUCCGAUGUGUUGGGUUGAGCCCUUGCACCGAGAGACCCUGUUUCCCGGGGGUAGUGUGUUCAAACCUCCCCUCGUCUCGGUUGGGCUAUGUCUGUGGGCCAUGCCCCAAGUACUUCUCAGGCGACGGAAAGCGAUGUACCAGAGACGCUAUACCUGCCUGUAGGGACGGAGUGUGCUCAGAGGUCAGUCGGUGUAUGGAGAUCCAAGAGCCCCCUGGAUACAAGUGCGGACCUUGUCCGGCUCGCUACAAAGGAGAUGGUCGCACGUGCACGCGUGAGUCUUUUAGGACGAGUGUAUCACAAAGAGAAUCAAAAGAGUACUAGUUAGUGUGUGCGUGCCAUUAGCUGUUUAGUUGGCAUCGUGUAUGAUGACCCAGUUUUGCAAAGGGAGUUUAAUCGGAGUUUUUAAAGCUCUCCACCUGUAUUUUUCAGACAUGUUGAUGGACGUUAAAUAAAAAGGACCCUCUUCUUGAGUAACUUUACCGUGUUGAAAAGGCGUCAGACCAAGACCAAAGGACCCUAUUUUUGCAUAGCUUUACAGUGUUGAAAAAGCAUCAGAUCAGUACCAUAUCCUACUAUGCUAUGAUAUACAUGUACUUAUUAUUACACUGCGACAUUUCUAAAAGGUUACUUAUACUGAUUGUUUUAGACUCGAAGUCGAAGGACUUAAUAACUGCUCAGUGAGGAAAACAGCACAUCAUGGUAUAUCAAAUGAAUUGUUGAUUGUAACCUAGCCAAGAGGCUCAAGGAGGUGGUAGAGAAGAAGAAAAAAAAGAAGAAGAAGAAGAAGAAGAAGAAGAAGAAGAAGAAGAAGAAGAAGAAGAAGAGUUCCUCGAAGAUCUAUCCUCAAUUCUCAGCUGAGUGCAAUGUAUCCUGUCCGGAUCGGCAGACCUGCGUCACGCCUGAUGUGUGUGGCUGUGCGCCCGGAUAUUCUGGAAGGGACUGCCGAACUCGUAAGUUGCAGCAGACACUUGUUCUUAUUAAAUUUUUCCUCUCAUGUAGUUGUUGUUGUUGUUGUUGUUGUUGUUGUUGUUGUUGUUGC